CUGUACUGCUAUAUUAGUGAGGACCAAAAUGUGACAAAACACCUUUUAAGUGAGGACCUUUUGGUAAAGUGAGGACAAAAUCGUGGUCCUCACUUUAUUUUGCUCAAUAUAGAACCCAGAGGGGCUGGGCAUUGUGCUAUGCAAAUUUCUCAGAUGUCCUCAUUUCAAUAUCAAAUCAUGACGAAACUGUGUUUUCUUCAUUCCCCUGAGCUCCCCCUAAAGGAAAUUGGCGUGUACUGCAGCCGAUUUUUUUAUUGGCCGGAGGUGUACAGCUCCGUGUUUUUGAUUGGAUGGUAAUUUUUGUGAUUGAUAGGCCAAUGAAAGAAUACAUAUCUUUAAAAAAAAAAGUAUUUUAUUUAUUUAUACAAUAAAUAUAUCACAAUUAUACAGUAACUUAGUCGUUUGUAAAUAAAGAGUACAUAAUAUACGAUUUUUGGAUUUCAACAACAAUUUUCAACGAGCUGCAUACUAACAACGAUGUAGUAUGGACAGCGAAUCAGUGUGGGUUUUAUGCUUGUUGGCGCCAGCAUUACGUCAGAAAACCCCGCGAAACGUGCUAUGAGCGUCUAUAGACGUGAUGAACUACCAUUACUCAUCAUGGAGCGCUUCAAGAGGAGGAUGAUGCGGCUGCGUCAGCACCAUAAACGGUGCGAGGAGAGACAAAUGAAAUUUUCAAGGCAAGAUGGAGAGAAGAGAGAUGACGACCAAGUUGGAGAGAAGAGAGAUGAGGACCAAGAUGGAGAGAAGAGAGAUGAGGACCAAGAUGGAGAGAAGAGAGAUGAGGACCAAGAUGGAGAGAAGAGAGAUGACGACCAAGAUGGAGAGAAGAGAGAUGAGGACCAAGAUGGAGAGAAGAGAGAUGAGGACCAAGAUGGUGAGAAGAGAGAUGAGGAGAGAUAUAUAGAGGAGCAAUCAAACCAGGGUGACAUGGACUCAUCUGAUGAGGGCAUUGUUUUUAUUCCUUCGGCGGAGCAGUCUACAAAUGAUGACGACUAUGAUUCAGAAAAGCCAAAGACUAUUCGAAAGACUAUAAAGGACACAAUGUUUCAAUCAGCCAAUGAGGUUAAGAUUCGAGGGAAGAGAGGCAAGAAAGUACCCGUCCAUGGAUCCAUGGAAAUGCUGAAUGGAAGCAGGAGCAAAGUGGGCAUCGACAAAGACAAUCCUUAUGUUUUUGCAAGGAAAAAGGUGCAGAUUGUUAUAAAGGGAACUCUUUGGAGGAGACUACCUUCAGUACAGAGGAGACCCAAAAUGACACAAGGCCUGCUUCCAGAUGCCAGCAAGAGCAUGAAUGCCAAACCACAGAAAAAGAUGCCUCAGAGAAUGAAGAUGAACAACUCUCUACCUCAAAACAACUCUACGUCCAGAAAGUCUGUCCGUCACAAGCGUCACAUCUCAGAAACGGAUGCCUCAGAGAAUGAAGAUGAUCAACUCUCUACCUCAAAACUACUCUCUAGAUCCAGAAAGUCUGUCCGUCGCAAGUGUCACAUCUCAGAAACGGAUGCCUUGGAGAAUGAAGAUGAACAACUCUCUACCUCAAAACUACUCUCUAGAUCCAGAAAGUCUGUCCGUCGCAAGUGUAACAUCUCAGAAACGGAUGCCUUGGAGAAUGAAGAUGAACAACUCUCUACCUCAAAACUACUCUCUAGAUCCAGAAAGUCUGUCCGUCGCAAGUGUAACAUCUCAGAAACGGAUGCCUUGGAGAAUGAAGAUGAACAACUCUCUACCUCAAAACUACUCUCUAGAUCCAGAAAGUCUGUCCGUCGCAAGUGUAACAUCUCAGAAACGGAUGCCUUGGAGAAUGAAGAUGAACAACUCUCUACCUCAAAACUACUCUCUAGAUCCAGAAAGUCUGUCCGUCGCAAGUGUAACAUCUCAGAAACGGAUGCCUUGGAGAAUGAAGAUGAUCAACUCUCUACCUCAAAACUACUCUCUAGAUCCAGAAAGUCUGUCCGUCGCAAGUGUAACAUCUCAGAAACGGAUGCCUUGGAGAAUGAAGAUGAACAACUCUCUACCUCAAAACUACUCUCUAGAUCCAGAAAGUCUGUCCGUCGCAAGCGUCACAUCUCAGAAACGGGAAAGAAGGCUCCUCGGAGGCCAUGGAGUAGUGAAGAGCAGGAUGCUGUAAAGCGCACACUAGGAAAAUUCUUUUCCUUGAGAAAAGUUCCUGGAAAAGUGGCAUGUCAAUCAUGUCUGGAUGCAAAUCCAGUCCUCAAGUCAAGAUCUUGGGUUGACAUUAAAAACCUUUUCCACAACAUUCUUCAAACCAUGAAAAGGAAACUUGCUUUUUGCAGGAAUGCUGUCUAAUUUCAUUUUAAGAUAUUAGUUCAAUAUAUACUCAAUUUCUAAGAAAACAAUUUUUUUCAUAUAAGUUUAUUUACAUUUAUUUACACCGAGCACUUUUUUCUUUUAUUAGAGAAACAGAAAUCUCUUGUACUGCAUUUUGUAACUAAGCACUUUUUACUACAUUUCCUUUUUCAGAGGAAAGUUGGCACUUAAUUUCCCUUUUUCUAGGAGAAAUAGAAAUCUUUUGCAUUUUGUAAAAACUAUGCACUUCACUUGCAUUUCCUUUUUUCAGUGGAAGUAAGCAUUUCAUAAAGUCUGAAUACAAUUAUUAUGCAAGUUGAUAUUCUGAUCAUAUUUUUUUUUUUUUUCAAGCAAAAUUUAAUCAAGCAGAUUAAUGUUUUGGAAUUGGAAAAAUGUGCUUGGAAAAAAAAGAUGAUCAGGAUAUCAACUUGCAUAAUAAUUAUGCACAAACUGUAUAUUUUUACUUUUCAUAAAAAAUCUGCUCAUUUACUCUGUCUCUUUAUACUUCCUGUUUAGUUCUCUUUCUGGUCUCUAUUUAGUGGUUUUGUUUACUCUUCACCUGCCUUCUCUUGAGUCUUUUACUAAAUACUUUAUUGUUCCCUCUGAGUGAUGUGACAGUGACAAAAUAACACUCUUUUCCCAUGCAGAAAGAAAA